AUCGCUGUCCUUUUCUCUUCUCUCUGUUCUUACUAUCACUGUCCUAUCACUGUCCUGUGGAAUUGGUCAAUUGCUGUCUUGAUAUUCAGUCUCUGUUGAUACUACCUACCUUCACCACUCAAUUACACUACUACAUUUUCUUACACAAUGUCCUCCACCAACUACAAAGAAGCCUUUUCGCUCUUCGACAAGCGCGGCACCGGCAAAGUCGCCCUCGAGUCGCUCGGCGAUCUGCUCCGCGCUUGUGGCCAGAACCCGACCUUGGCAGAGAUUGCUGAGUUGGAGAAGGGCAUUGGUGGUGAUUUCGACUUCGAUGCGUUCUCAAAGGUGCUGAGUCGUCCCGGUGGCUUCCGCGACCCUGGCGAGCCGGAGGAAUACUGUCGGGGUUUCCAGGUGUUUGAUAAGGAUCUGACUGGGUUUAUUGGUGUGGGACAACUUCGUUACAUUCUCACAAACCUCGGAGAGAAAAUGUCGGACGAAGAGGUCGAUGAGCUGCUCAAGGCGGUUGAUACUAGUUCGGGAGAGAUUAACUAUACCGACCUCGUUCGCACUAUCCUGGCCAACUGAUUUAUGAUACCCACACGAGCUACGGAGUAUAGGACAUAAUGCAUUCAAUGGUUUAUCG